AUGCAUCCAGAUCCCGGACGCUUACAGGCACUGCUCUUCUUCGCCGCCGCGGGUCUCAUCUCUGCCACCAGUCCAGAUUUAACUCCCCGUUUUAUUUCUGAGCCCUUGUCUACUGUCCAGAAGUCUGGUGGGCCUGUACAACUCCGCUGCUCUGCCGAGCCCUCCACGGCUGGCCUUUCUUGGCUGUUUAAUGGGGAGCCUCUGGACAGCAAGGUGGGAGAAGUGGAAAUCCAGUCAGGAUCUUUGACAAUCGUCUCCCUCAGCCUGUCGACGUCUGGUCGCUAUCAGUGCGUUGCUAACAGCAGCGCAGGCGCCGUUGUGAGCAGGCCUGCGAUGGUAUCGAUGGGCAGUUUAGCUAAUUUCGACACGUCGGUGAAACCUGCCGUUGCAGCCGAGGAAGGAGGUACGGCUUUCAUUGGAUGCAAGGUGCCAGAAAGUAGCCCUAAAGCACAGGUUCGCUUUCAAGUGCGAGGAAAAUGGCUGGAACAAUCAACAGAUAACUACCUAAUUCUUCCAUCUGGAAACCUGCAGAUUUUGAAUGUAUCUUUAGAAGACAAAGGAUCCUAUAAAUGUGCAGUGUACAACCCAGUUACUGACGAUCUCAGAACAGAACUCACUGGACGAAAGCUCAUAGUCACACGCUCCUCCUCAGGCGGCUUCCACAUACUUCACCCCCUGGCACCCCAGAGCCUGGCGGUGCCCCGGCACAGCUCUCUGACGCUAGAAUGUGUUGUCAGUGGGUUGCCUCCAGCCGCCGUCCGCUGGGUUAAAGACGGCCGGGACGCGCUGAGAAAAGGCAGGUGGAAACUGCUGCACUCCCAUCUGGUGACGGACAGGCUUGAGGCAUCGGACUCUGGAAACUACUCCUGUGUGGUGGGAAACGAAUCCGGAGCAGUGAAAUACGUUAACUAUUCACUUACUGUACUCGAACCGGCCUCAAUCUCCAAGGGACUGCAAGAUGAAACGGUGGCCGCAGGAGCGACUGUGCAUUUCUGGUGCGACGUCCGCGGGAGCCCUGCUCCGACCCUCGCCUGGCUCCACAACGCAGCUCCCCUCCGUCUCUCUCCACGGCAUCUGCCGGUGGGAAACCGUCUGCGGAUCCGCGGCGUCACCCAAGAGGACUCUGGCUUGUACCAGUGCGUAGCAAACAACGGGGUUGGAUUUGUCCAGUCCACUGGCAGACUUCGUGUCCAGCCGGAAGCUGGCACGAAAGCAGAAGAAAUGGCUCCCGUGGAGAUUGCCCAGAGCGAUGAAAGCGGCGGUGAUUUCGGUGCGGAAAUGGCGUUUGCAAGCUCGCCUCCAACAAAAUUGCGUUUGGGUGCAGCUGCGACGGAAAAAGCCUCGAAUGCGGCCGCUCCCCCCGAAGCCCCCAUCAUCCUCAGCCCCCCGCAGACGCUGAAGCCGGACAUGUACAACCUGGUGUGGCGCUCGGGGAGGGAUGGGGGCUUGCCCAUCAAUGCCUAUUUUGUCAAAUACCGCAAGCUGGACGACGGCGUCAGUGCAGCGGGGAGCUGGCACACGGUGCGUGUCCCUGGCAGCGAGAACGAGCUGCGCCUCACCGAGCUGGAGCCUUCCAGCCUCUACGAGGUUUUAAUGGUGGCGAGGAGUGCUGCUGGCGAGGGCCAGCCCGCCAUGCUGACAUUUCGCACCAGCAAAGAAAGAACAUCUUCCUCAAAAAACACUCAGGCUCCAUCUCCGCCAGUAGGCAUUCCUAAACAUCCCGUCAUUCACGAAGGGACAAACAAUUUUGGUGUUGUGCUUCCAGAGCUGUCUCGACACAGCGGAGUUCCAGAAGCUCCCGACCGACCCACGAUCUCCACAGCAUCGGAAUCAUCUGUCUAUGUCACGUGGAUACCACGAGCAAACGGUGGCUCCCCCAUUACUGCCUUUAAAGUGGAGUAUAAACGCUUGGGUCGAAACAGCGACUGGCUGAUUGCAGCUGAUAACAUUUCUCCUUCCAAGCUGUCUGUGGAAGUUCGUAACUUGGAGCCAGGAGAAAUGUAUAGGUUCCGUGUGAUUGCUGUGAACAACUACGGGGAGAGCCCACGCAGCGCAGCGUCUCGCCCGUACCAAGUAGCCGGCUUUACCAGCCGGUUUUCCAGCCGCCCUAUCACAGGACCUCACAUCGCUUACACCGAAGCCAUCAGUGACACUCAGAUCAUGUUGAAAUGGACGUACAUCACAUCAAGCAACAACAACACGCCCAUCCAAGGAUUUUAUAUCUACUACCGGCCUACGGACAGCGACAACGAUAGCGACUACAAGAGGGAUAUCGUGGAAGGUACGAAGCAAUGGCACUUGAUAAAUCACCUGCAGCCAGAAACAUCUUACGACAUUAAAAUGCAGUGCUAUAACGAAGGCGGUGAAAGCGAGUACAGCAACGUGAUGAUCUGCGAAACCAAAGUGAAACGCACGCCGGGAGCAUCCGAAUAUCCAGCGAAGGACCUGAGUACGCCACCGAAUCCCCCCGACCGGGUUGGGGGAAGCGGAGCUGGGCCUUCCAACGGCCCCGUUCGGAGCAGUGACAUGCUGUACUUGAUCGUGGGCUGCGUCCUUGGGGUGAUGGUCCUCAUUCUCAUCGUUUUCAUUGCCAUGUGCCUCUGGAAGAACCGCCAGCAAAACGCCAUGCAGAAAUAUGACCCUCCUGGCUACCUCUAUCAAGGGACGGAUAUCAACGGGCAAAUGAUUGAGUACACAACCUUACCCGGCACGAGCCGAGUCAACGGCAGCAUCCACGGAAGCUUCAUAAGCAACGGCGGCCUCGGCAACGGCUGUCCGCACGUCCAUCAUAAAGUUGCUAAUGGAGUUAAUGGGAUCAUGAACGGAGGAGCCGGGCUGUACCCAGGGCACACCAACUCCCUGUCCAGGACGCACGUGGACUACGAACAUCCCCACCAUCUUGUGAACGGCGGCGGGAUGUACACGGCAGUGCCGCAGGCUGACCCCUCGGAGUGCAUCAAUUGCCGAAACUGUCGGAACAACAACAGGUGUUUCACCAAAACCAACGGCACUUUCAGCAGCAGCGCCCUACCCGUGGUGCCCAUCGUCGCACCUUACCAGCAGGACGGCUUGGAGAUGAAGCCUCUGAAUCACCACGUCAUGGUGGCCAUGUGCUUGGCCUCCUCCGUCCCGGAGUGCAGCGCCCGGCUGGAGGAGGACGGCAAGGAGAAAGCGGAGCAGCCCUCUGCCCAGCACCCCUGCUGUCGAGAAGCCAUGAGCCGCCUCUCCGUGGAUUACACGGACGGCGAGAACUGCGUGCACUCGGAAACGUCGAACCACGUUUUGAGCUGGAGUCCCCUUCUUCUGCAGCCUGUUUCCAAGGACUGUCAGGAAAAGCCAGGAUGGAAUUCGUCUGGUGCCACCGAAAGCGGUUCCGGGGACCUUCAGCCGCUCCAGCUGCAGGAAACCUGA